AUGCCAUUAGCGAUGGCAAAGCUUGGGUUAAUCCCCGGAGCUAUUACGUUGCUGGUAUUGCUCUGUGCGAAUGUCCACAUAUCCAUCUUAAUGUGGCGAGUCAGGAUGUACUGCCCGACCUGCAUGGGUUCUGUGACAUUCACAGAAUUGGUUCGGGACUGCUUUGCGGAAGCUCCAUCCUGGCAGCGGCACUUGAUGGUAGUGAUCACAGCCAUUUGCCAGAAGAGCUUCCUGUUUGGCCUCCUGGCCGUCUACUUGAUGAGCGGUGCGCAAGGCCUUGGCCGCUUGACUCUUUACCGUCUCUAUGCAUGGGCAUGCUGGGGUGAGUUGUUGUGGCUGCAGGAGAUCAUCUCGGAGAUGAAGACUCCCAUGAAGAUGCCGGCAGGAAUCUCAGCCCCCUUCCAGCUGACAAUGUUUGCCAUCGCUGGGAUUGGUGGCUACAUGUUCAUGGGAAGCCAGGCCAGCCGUGGAAAGAACGAGAACCUGCCCUUCAGCAUUCCUUUUCAGAUUGCAGCAGGAUGCAUGGCGGCUCACAUGCUGAUCUCCUACCUUAUUAAAGGUGUGGUUUUCUGCAAGUCGCUACAUCGGCUGGUGGAUCGAGAAUUUGCAUCCGCCAGUGACAUGAGGGAUCGGUUGGGUGUGACCUGGCAGAAUCAGAUCCUGGGGGCAACCGUGGUUUUCGUGCUCUUCGUUUGCUGGUUGUUGGCCAACCUGGUGCCCUUCUUUUCUGAUGCCGUGGAUUUGCUCGGGGCCUCUGUGACACCGCUACCCGGUAGCCCGUGGUUGACCAUCCUGGAGUGGCUUGUCAUAGGUGCGGAGAUUGCCAUGGCGCUGACCUUGACUUUUUUCGGCACGGCGGCAGCCUUGCAGAAGAUCGGGCCAGGGAUAUCUCAGCGGAUGAGCCUGCUUGCAAAUGAGGGGCAGGGCCUGCAAAUCCUAGCUGGGGUCAUCCGUCCGAUGGCGCCACUAGAGAUGCGAAAGCUCAUCUUAGUGGAUGCCAUAGAAUUUCAGGAGAAAGUUUGCCUUGACGCCGCCACUCAAGUGGCCGUGGUACUACUGGUGGCCCAAUGCUUUGGCAAGUGUUUUUAUGGGCUGGAGUUGGCAUCCAAGGAAUACGAGCGUGUUGCUGCGCAGUUGAAGCAUGCAGAGCAUCGAGCAGAGCAUUCUGCGGAAGGCAUGGCUGCUGGCGACCUUCUGCCAGUAGGCAGUGAUGGCUUCUACAAGGCCUGCUUGAUGGCUUUUGUUUGCGUGGUUGGUGCUGCUCUGGCGGCCGGCUUGACUAUGGGAUUGGUUUCCAUCGACCCGAUGGAGAUGGAGAUCAUUGUCAAGACUGAAGAUAAGGACAUAAUGGAAGCUUCCGCCAAGGCAAAGCUGAAGAAGGACCAGGCAGCUGCAGAGAAGAUCCUGCCUUUGAUCCAUGACCACCACCUGCUCCUAGUCACACUCCUGCUGAUGAACUCAAUCGCAAACGAAGCCCUCCCACUGUUUCUGGAUCAAGUGGUGCCGUCUUGGUUGGCCGUUCUGCUGUCCGUUUCUCUUGUUCUAAUGUUUGGCGAGAUCAUUCCUUCGGCUGUGUUCACUGGCAGUGAACAGCUGAGCAUGGCAGCGCGCUUCUCUGGCCUGGUGAGUGCUAUUAUGUUUCUGCUUACACCUGUGGCGUGGCCAAUCGCCAAGCUGCUUGACCAUGUGCUCGGAGCAGACCACAAGGGCCGGUACAACUUUGCUGAACUGCGGGCAAUUGUUUCGAUGCAUGCGGGCCUCCGUGUGGGCACAGAUGAAGAAGACCAGGCGGUCUUCAAGAGCCAUGACGAGAAGGGCUUGGGCAUCAUUUGCACCACACAGCCGCACUCGUUCAACAGCGAAAGUGCUGUGAUUUUCACGGAAACCUCCGAGUUCCCGGCCAAGUCAACGAAGCUUCAGGUGGGCCAGGUUUACUAUGCGGUGCCCUGCUCACCUUUGCACCUGCAAGAUUCCGAAGCAGGACAUGAUAUGGCUUUCAAGCUGUACAAGACAAGAGAGAGAAAUGAGGAGGACCUGAUAACGUUUACGACAGGUGAGCUCAUGUCCGGAGUUUUCCGGCUCCAGGAGCGAGAUGAGAUAAAAAUCAUGCAUGGCGUCAUGAACAUGACGCAUAUGACCGCAGAAGAGGCAAUGGUGCCUCUGAGUCAAGCCCACAUGAUGGAUGCAGACUCACUUAUCACGCACGACUCACUGCGGGACAUGGACAAUUUCGGCCACUCCCGGGUUCCAGUGUAUGCAAAGAAUCCGCACAACGUGCGCGGCUUCCUGCUAGUCAAGCGCCUCAUUGUCCUGCUACCAGACCAGCUUAACGGCUCGCUGAAGUUUGGCGACCUUCACCUGCUCAAGAUGAUUGUAGUGCCCGGGAACAUGCUCAUGCUGGACCUGCUGAACAAGUUCCAGGAGGAAAAAUGCCACCUGGGGCUGGUCACCAGCAAUCCAGAGGCCGUGCAGGAGGCUUGGAGUGACGGCACGCCCAUCCCACCGGAUGUACACAUGAAAGGCAUAAUCACGUUGGAGGACGUCAUUGAGAAGCUCAUCCAGGAGAACAUUGAGGACGAGAGCGACCGCGUAGAGCGUACGGUCACGAUGCGCAGCCUGAGGUCUUCCAGUGGUUCGCCCCGGAUCCCUUCUCAUCCAGCACCAUCACCGCCAUCCUCGAGCCCCAAUUCUCUGCGAGCGCCAUUGCUUGCAAAGAAGACGGCCAAGGAUGAUGCAAUUCCAGAUGUGCUUAAAGCCAAUGUUGGAGACAUCAGGCCGGUCCCAGAACAGUUUUUCAGCGGGAACCUGCUCAUCAUGGUUGUGGGCGCGUUGCGGCCGCACUGGCGUCAGAAGCAGACAAUGUGCUGCAUCAAGAUGCCAGCUGGAGACGACUACACCGCUUGCAGCAGCAUGACGAGCAACUUUGUGAAUGGACAGAAUUUUGUGAGUGUGACGGCUGGCGUGGAACGUCAAGGUGCUUGGACAGUCCUGGGCACAGCUUGCCUGACUGCUGCAUGGACUCAGGUUCGCCCUCGCAAGCCGACAGGUGCAACAAAGAGUCGCUCAAUCGCGCGUGUUUUGGACAUCAAAGUGCCAGCCAACUUUUGGGACCCGCUUGAAAUCUCGCCAGACGGUGAUGUUGCCCUCUUCAAAUGCCUUAGAGCAGCCUCAGUAAUGCAUGGCCGGAUGUGCAUGAUCGCCUGUACUUACGAGCUCGGCUACAAGCAAUUCUCCAAGAGCCUGGCAGCCUGGACUGACAUGCCGGGUGACUUGCAGGGCUGCAUGGCCGAGUUCCUGGCCCUCUGCGAGCUUUUCUCACGCAAGUUUGGCUGGCAUGUCCAACAAGACAAUGCCCGCACAGCCUCGAAGUCCGACCUGAAAACAGGUCGUUUAGCUUUGAUGGCAGUCUUAAGCCUUUGCUGCCAGGAAGCCCUGGCUGAUCCUCUUGUUUGCCUGCUGCCUGAAAGACCUUGA